UGGCAAUCUUAGAAUUUAAAGCCAAGGCAAAUAAGUUUCAGUGCAAAGAAGUUGCUUGCCAGUGCAAACAGAAACGAUAAUCAGAUCGGUGCUUGACUGUGCCAUUGUGAAGGUUGAGGCUGAGUCAGACUGAAGAAGAUUACUGUGUGCUGAGACGAAACCAGUCCACAACAAAUGCCUCACUGAAGAAGAGAAAGGAAGAAUAGCAAGUCCUUGGGCUAUUCUGCUUUUGAAGAAUGAAGGCUUCCAUUGCUCUGAUUGUUUCCUUACUAGCUGCUAUGGCCUCGUCCAAAAGAAUUCACUUUAAAAAGCAGACGCUCCAAUCUUCAUGUGUCCGAUGCUGCGGUCCUUUGGAGAAGCCAAUGUAUCUGUACGGACUGUCGUCUAGCCAAAGGAUGGCAAGUGACCAUCCCACCUACCCAAUUCCUGAGAUCAAGCCGAAGAUAGACAUGACUAUACUAAAAGGCUCCAAAGGAGAGAAGGGGGAGAGAGGAAUGCCAGGCAAAAUAGGAAAAGCAGGUCCCAAUGGUUCCAUUGGUCUUACUGGCAUCAAGGGGGACAAAGGACAAGCAGGCAUUCCUGGUCAUAACUGCAAGCAACAUUAUGCAGCAUUCUCGGUUGGUCGCAGGAAGGGGAUCCAGAGCAAAGAGCUUCAACCUCAGUUGAUCUUUGACACAGAGUUUGUCAACCUCCACCACCAUUUCAACAUGUUCACUGGCAGGUUCUACUGCUACGUACCAGGGGUUUACUUCUUCAAUCUCAACGUGCACACCUGGAACUUUAAGGAAACCUACCUUCACCUCAUGCGCAAUGAUGAGGAGGUGGUGAUCUUGUAUGCUCAACCCAGUGACCGCAGCAUCAUGCAGAGUCAGAGUGUGAUGCUGGAUCUAAGUGAGAAUGAUGAGGUAUGGGUGCGCCUUUACCAGGAGAACAGGGAAAACGCUAUUUACAGUGGCGCAGGCGAUAUCUACAUCACAUUCAAUGGCUAUUUAAUCAAGGCAGCAGUAGAAUCAGGUUAGAAGGAGCAGCCAGCAAUGCACUGUUCCAUCAUUCAAACUAAAUUAUGGUGAAAAACAUGACAUCGUGAGGACAGGUUUGAUAGAUGAGACAGUAUUCAUUUGAGGAAGAUUAAAGGGUGAUUUAAUUGAGGUGUUCAAGAUGAUUAAAGGAGGUGAUAGGAAGUUAGAGAGAAGCAAAUUCCUUUGGUGGAAGAGUCCAAAACAAAGUGAGUGUAACCUUAAUGUUAGGAUUAGGCCAUUCUGGGGUGAUGUUUGUGAAGCUCUUUUCCCAUGAGGAUCUGUCAGUCUCAGUCUUGAACAUUUUAACUGACUUCCAGAAUUUACUGGUUUUUGGAGGAAAGGAUUCCAGAUUUCCAUGACCCUUUUCAAUAAAAGUGCUUCCUUGUCUAUAACCUGAAUACCUAACUCUAAUUUUAUCUAGCCAGCAUUUUGAACCUUACUGUGUUCAGACAGUGCUCACAAUCUGGGUUCUGGCAAAGGUCAUGAAGCUGAUUCAUUCACUCUUUUUCUCAUUCUGCUGAAGCUUCCUGACCUGCUGAGCAUUUUCAACUUUCGCUUUAGAUUUUGAGUAUCUGCAGUGUUUUGAAUUUCUUUUAGUUCAUGUGACCUUACUUCAUCCCCCUUUGUCUUUCUACUUUCCCCAAAUAAGAUUUCAGAGUAUUGACUGACUGUAGGAAAUUGCGGAUACAUGAACAUUUGAAAACAAGAAUAAACCUUUCAAAUUAGGGUGUUUCAUCAAGAGACAGUUUAGGUAGGUCAGUAAGCAGGGGUUGCUGAGUGAAUGGAACUUAGUCCGCAGUGCUUUGCAUGUCCUCAAGCUGGAUUCCAGUGGAUAAGUCAAUGACAUUGUCAUUGAAUCCAUUUAUAUAAUUAGAAAAUGACUAAUUUAAAUAGCUGCCCAUUGAAGUGGUGGAUCAUACCUAACUCACUAUCCAGUAUGACACACAUUUAUAUUCUUAUAUACAUGUUACUUUUCCUGUUAUAAAAGAGGACCAUGUGUGUUUUUCUUUGACUAUCAGUAGCCUGUUAGUAGCUCCAGGGAAGUUUCACUUUCCCUGGUCUUUAUGUUCAUAUGUUAUUAUUGUGGCACUACUGCAAAAAGAAGAAUUAUAGUA